AUGGCCCACGAUCCUGAGACCAAUUCCGAGCAUGGAGCCACAGCCGACGAGAUCGACUGCACUUUCUCUCUCGACUACGCCGCCAUCGCCAAGCACUUCACGGGUUCUGUCAGGCAUGACGUCAGGUCCAAGUUCGACACGCUGACGGAGUCUGCGGUGCUCGGGGAAUGGUGCACGGUGGGCGCCCAGAAAGUCCGCCACUGGGCGCCCAAAGGCGCGGCCUGGGACGAAGAAAGACAGUGGUUCGUAUUUGGGCAACUAGAGGAGGAAGAACUGUCGCCCAGGGCGGUGCGCGCGCACAUGGCCUCCGUGAGCGCGCGCGAAGGCGCGCUGGUCCCCGACGAGCGCCGGCGCGCGUGCAAGCUCUGGGAAAAGAUGGAGGAACGGUUCACGAGCGAAGAAGACGCGCGCGCUCUCGCGCAGGCACUGGCGGGGCUGACCCCCGAGGGAAAGAGCGUCGAGGUGUUCUGCCAUCAGAACGGGGUGAAGUCAUCAAUGGUGUGCUAUGACGGCACGAAGAAAGAGCCCCAGAAAAGAGCGCGCGCGGCCGCGGAGUGCGACGAAGGGCGCGAGGAGAAGCGGGUCGUGUGCGACGAAGAUUCACCUGUGAGGCGGCUUCUGGAGAAGGAAAAGGUGGAGCUGCUGGAGCGGAAAGCGAAGGCGGAAUCAACGCAGGCGGAGGCGAAGCGCGAAGCUUUCCCACUGACAGCACUAGAGAUGGUGCAGAAGGAGUACCCCCAAAUGGACCUGCGCGAGCAGCUCAUCCGCGCGCGCCAGAUUGUGUCCUUCAUGACCACGGGGCAGGUGGAAGCGCAGGCAGGCGACAUCCGUGGGCGGAAUCAUGACUUGCUUGUGCUUUUGAGGAGUAGGGUUCCGCGGAGGAAUCUGACGCCGCCCGAUCCGCCGCCCCCAAGAAUCGAGGAGAUGGAGCUUGAGGAGGAGAAGGAGCUACCUCCACCGCCUGUACAUACUCCGUCCGCAUUGCUUCUGCCUGGUCCUCCUGCAUCGUUGUCGGCCGCUCCGCAGAAUGAGAGCCUUCAAGAUUCACGCCGGGAGCUUUCACACACUGACGUCAUCGGUCUGAAAACUCUUGAACCGGUCGCAUCUGGUGAGGUCACCAAGAAAAGCCCUGGUCGCAAGCGUGGCCCGAACGUCCACCCCCUGCUCAAGCACUUCAACCAUCAGUGCAAAGUUGACGGCCUCCUCGACGGUAUCUGGACCAAAGGUCUUUGGGAGUGUACCUUGUGCGACGUGGUGCAGCCGUCACUGAGGGCCAGAUUUGCAAACCACUGUCAGAUGGAGGGACACCGCACGCGUCUGACGAUUGCCUCCGACAUUUUCGAGACGGAAAUGAGCGACGGAUCGCGAGACUUGGACGAAGUCUUAGCAGAUCUUCCUGGAUGCGUCGACGUUAUGAUGGACAAAUGA